AUGACUGUCGAGACCAGACUAUUAGUUCCGGUGGUGAAGGCCACGGCAUCAGUUGACGAGAUCGUCGCCAACCUCAAACUGGCCGGAGGUGUGAUUAUUCGCAAUGCAGUGGGACAGGCAGCGCUCGACCAGAUUGAGGUUGACGUACGCCCCGGUCUCGAGCAGGACACAGCAUGGAGCGGCUCAUUCUUUCCAUCCCAAACCCGACGGACAACUGCGGCGCUUCAAAAGUCCCCAACCUAUGCGCGCGAAAUUGUCAUGCACCCACUGUUCCAAGGGGCAUCGAACCGUAUGCUGACGGAAAAACAAUGGUUCUGGUCUGGAAACGAAAAGCAAUGGACCGUCUCCCGUCCCCAGCUCUCGAACACGAUCGUCUUCAGUAUCGGCGCCGGCGCAUCGGCACAGCCUCUGCAUCGCGACGACUCAAUCCACCAGCGAUAUGCUCAUUUCGCAGAUGUGUAUCCGUCCGGUCGCGAAGGCAAUUUGCGGGACAGCAGCAUUGGAUUUUUUGUCGCCGGUAAGAAAGUGAACAAAGCCAAUGGCGCCACCCGUUUCAUCCCUGGAAGUCAUCUGUGGGAUCAGAACACCCCACCAAACGAGGAUCUUUGCGAGUUUGCGGAGAUGGAGCGCGGAGAUGCGUUCAUGAUGCUUGCUUCUUGUUUCCAUGGCGGGUCGGCGAAUACCACUACUGAUGAGGAGAGGCUUAUUUUCUCAACUUUCAUGACAAAGGGAUAUUUGAGGCAAGAGGAGAACAUGUAUCUUUCUGUGGAUAUGGAUGUCAUGAAGAAAUAUCCCGUCGAUAUUCAGAAGAUUGCUGGAUAUAGUUUGAGUGAGCCUUUCCUCGGAUGGGUGGACUCGACUGAUCCCAGAAAACUUUUGGAUCCCAGUAUUCCCGACAACACCGAUAUGUGGACUGGAGCGGAGGAGCCUGCUGAUCCUUGGAUUUAG